CACAGUUUAGUUUCCGCGCUUAACGACCGGAGGGUAUCAAAGCUCCGCAUACUAAUCAGGUACUUACCGGAUGGACUUGGGCGUUCAGCACGUCUUCAGUUGUUCGCCCUGUGGAACCUGAGUUCUACAAGAAAUUCCACCGUGGAAUUCCAAGUAACGCGCAACAACAACAGCAGCAGCAGCAAUAGAUGUUGACGAUGAGAUGACACGCAAGCGUCCUCUAUUGCCUGGCUUUAUUCGAGGUUCAGCGUGCAUGAUCAAGGGGCGGUGCUCACACUAAUGCUGCAACUUCCGCGAAUGCUGCAGCUUCCGACCUAUUGCAACUUCCCCUGUGACACGAUUCUGCUCUGUUCAGCGCGAUAACUGCUGCUGGACUCCGACCAAGCUUGAGCUCCGGUAUGGAAAUUUGCCCUAUUUUGCUGUAGGUUUCGCAAGUGGAUACGAAAGCGUAUUUGAUCACAGUGAAUGCGAACAUGGUUUUCCUGUGGAUGGCGUCGUCUCGUUCAGUGUUUCCUUCUGUUGAUCUCAGCUUUCGUCGUAUACUCGAUAUUUUGGUGCCAGGAGUGCUACGAGGCUACCUCCAGUUGGUUCAACCACCAUGCCGUAGAUGACGCGACGGUGCCGCCAGAGAAGACAGUCCUAAAAGUCCUGAUGUGGCACACGCUGGGCCAUAACGCUAUGGAAAGGCUCUUCCGCGAAAAGAUUACCAGAACCUGCGCCUACGACUGCAGCUACACUAACGACAAAUCUCAACUCAACAGCAGCAACGUCAUUGUGUUCAACACUUACACCACCUGGGACGUCCUCCCGAAGUACCGAUCUCCAGAACAGGCUUGGUUGCUGUAUGCGAUGGAGCCUCCGCAUCGUGUACCGAAGCCGAGAGAAUGGUUCAACAGCUUGCGGUUCAACUGGACAUUGUCGUACAGAUUCGAUGCUGAUAUCGUUCACAGGCAUAGUUUUCAAGUUGUUCGGUUGCAACCGAAUGCCACGACAUCUUCGACGGUUGUGCCUCCGAAGCCAAAGAAGGUUGCGUGGAUCGUCUCCAACUGCAAGACCUUCAGCCAGAGAGAGGAUUACGUGAAAGCGCUCAGAAGAACUAUCCAGGUUGACGUGUUCGGCAAAUGUGGAAGGUUAAAGUGUAAAUCAAAGCGCUUCAGGUGUUACCAGGACAUCGGGAAAGACUACUACUUUUACCUGGCUUUCGAAAAUUCCAUUUGCAAGGAUUACAGCACGGAAAAGUUGUUCUACCCUUUGAUGAACGGCAUGAUCCCUGUCGUGAUGGGCGGCGUCAACUAUUCUCGCUUGGCUCCGCCGGGGUCCUUUAUUAAUUUCGAUCUCUUUCGAGGUCCCGAUGAUUUAGGGCGCUAUUUAAACUCACUCAUUGAACACCCCGAAGCUUUGAAACCGUUCUAUGAAUGGAAGGCGCACUUCGGAUUUGUGCAUCCACAUUUGAGUUGUACGCUCUGUGAGGGUGCACAUAGGUUGCUUAAGCAGAAGCCGAAGUUUUAUGAUAAUAUUUUUGAUUACCUUCGUAAGGACGUUGGUUGUAUGUCGUGGAAGAGAAAGCUAGAGCUCAAAUAUGGAACGUAAAAAGGAAAAUAAAUAUGAAUAAAGAGCUGUAACGUUUA